AUGGAGGUGUACUCUACUUGCAAAAGCAUGAUGUUGCCCCUUUUGGCAAUUGUUUUAUUCAUUUCGCUAACUCAGCCUGCAGCCACAGCUGCCAAAGUCUCUCGGCCAGCCUACACAAAUUUCGUCAAAACCAAAUGCAACAUCACCACAUACCCUUCCCUCUGCCAGAAAACACUAAUUCCCUACGCUUCUUCUGUGAAAAUCAAUUCCACAAGGCUAUGCAAAGCAGCCCUUAACGUAGCCAUAAGUGGCGCUCGCAGCGCCACUGUAGCUGUCUCGGGACUGAAAAAGAAGAAGGGUAUAACCAAAACUGAAGCCGCCGCUAUCAAAGACUGUUUUGAAGAUGUCAAGGAUGCUAUAUACGAACUCAAACUGGCUGUUGACGCAAUGGGACAUUUGGGUGAUAAAGAUAAAGAAUUUCAGUUGGCUAAUGCCAAAACAUAUGCAAGUGCUGUAAUAACAGACGCAGAUUCAUGUACUGAAGGUUUCUCAGGCCGAAAGGUAAAUCCAGCUGUGAAGAAAAUCGUAAAUAGUUGCAUGGCAAAUAUUACCAAACUUGCUAGCAAUGCGUUAGCACUCAUUAACCAUCUUUAUUAA